AUGGGAAAGCCUAGGGGUCUCAACACAGCCAGGAAGCAGGUCACUGUCCGCCGUGACAACCGCUGGGCCGACGCUCACUUCAAGAAGCGCGCCCUCGGCAACUUCUACAAGACCUCGCCCACCGGUGGUUCGUCGCACGCCAAGGGCAUCGUCCUCGAGAAGAUUGGUGUCGAGGCCAAGCAGCCCAACUCGGCCAUCCGAAAGUGUGUCCGUGUUCAGCUGAUCAAGAACGGCAAGAAGGUCUCGGCCUUCGUGCCCCGUGACGGUUGCCUGAACUUUGUCGACGAGAACGACGAGGUCCUCAUUUCGGGCUUCGGACGAAAGGGCAAGGCCAAGGGUGAUAUCCCCGGUGUCCGCUUCAAGGUCGUCAAGGUCUCGGGUGUCGGCCUUCUUGCUCUGUUCAAGGAGAAGAAGGAGAAGCCGCGUUCCUAA